AUGUUAGACUGCAAGAACCACUCGAAGUCGAUGGCGCUGAAUGGAGGGAAGUCGAAAACCAGAUGGAAAACAUCGAAGAAAAUUGAUGCAAGACUGCAUAAUAAACAAGAAAUAUGCAGCAUACUGAAGAAUGAGAGUAGUACGCUUCCACAACAACUUUUAAGAAUAUUCGCUAAUGGUCAGAUAGAUCUUUGUUUACAAGCAGUUUCGGAUCUGUCAGUGGAGUGCCCAGAUUUUGAAAUGAAUGAAGUAUUUCUGACAUAUUUACGAAAAGAAUUCGUCGUUAUGAGUUUUUCAACUGUUUGCAGUUAUGCUAAAAAAUGGAUUGAUUUUCUCAUGAAAAACACUUCAGGAAUAAGAAACCACUGUUUUCUACUGAAACAUCUUAUAUGUUGUACAGAUUUAUUGCAAAAUAAACAACUCCAGUUAUUGCUUCAUGAAAUUCUUCCGCAAACUUAUUGCCAUCUUUGUCUCAUGAAACAAUAUUCCAUAGCUUCUGUUGUUGCGGAAGUAAUCUUCUACUCAGUCGCUCUUCUAGCCGCUUAUUCUGACGAAUACGAUCGAGAAACUCUUCGAAGUGUUUGGAAUAAAUUAUUACUUCCAGAAGUAUGUAUGAAAUCAGCUCACUUCAAUUUAUGUACUGUUUUGGUUAUGAGUUCGUUGGAUUUCGACUGCACGCAACAUAUGCAAUGUUUAGAAAAUUCUUUGAGUAAUUUUAAAGAAAAUGAUGAUCUUUCACUUAGCACCCGAAAGCAGUUUCUGAUAUUGUUGAAAGCGAACUUGGGCAUACUUCUGUCACACUGCCAACCGAGCCAAAGCGAAAUGUUAUUAAAUAUUCUGAUUUCCUUCCAUCUGGAGAACAAUGACCUGUAUUUGCUGAUCCAAUCGAUAUUUCGUCAUUCGAGAUUAACUGAUGCCUAUGCUUCCAAAGUAGUACAGCCUUUUUUUCGGUGUUUGCUGUUGAAUUUAUCAUUGUUAACAGAUGGAAAUUUUGCGCAGCAAAAAGGAAAUGUUGGAAUUUGGAUCAGAGAAAAUGUUAUAGGAAUAUUGUCCAUAUCAAAUAAGAGCUAUGAAGAUGAAUUAAAUUCUUGGAAAAUAAUAAUGUCUUCAUUCGUUCCGCCUUCACAUCAUAUUUUGUUAUCUGAUAAAAGAUUUUGCCAAAUUGUUCAGUCAAUUUGUGGAAGAGGAUAUUCGUUAAAAUCUCUACCGGUUUCAUUGCGAGUGGCAUUAUUUUGUGUUUUGAUCUCGUUGAUUCCUUGCAUAUCAUCGGAAUUGUUUGAAAUUGCGAUUGAAAGUACUCUGUCGAUAAUGAGAUCGGAUACGAAAUUAUUUCGCGUUCUAAUAAACAGCUUUAAAGAAAAAGUACUAAAAAAAUAUAUCAAGAUUUUACUUCGAUGUGGUUGCUCGAAUAAUUACUCAAAAAGCACGCAAAUCCUAGUUAAAGAAUUCUUGCUUAGUGGUUGCAGUCGUGAUAUGCUUGCUGUCAAGUCUGACGCUAUAUUGAAAGCUGCGGUACAAAGACCUUUAAUUGAAGAGGAAUACUACUUUUUAAAACCUCUAUGUGAUACGUUUGAUGAAAUUCAUUGCGAAAUGAAUGCAGGAGAAAACAGUGCAUUAAGAAUUUCUGCCGAAGAGAUUUUCCAACAUGUUUAUGGAUUGGUCUCUCCUCUCGAUUGCACGGAUGCAAUAAAAUUAUCUCUUUUUGAAUUAUCCUUAUCAAUGUUAUCAGUUGUGAAAACUUUGCAAGAUAAUGAUACGACAAUAACUGAAGAAGAGAUUGAAAAUAUAGCAGAACAUGUCACAAAUGCCGACCAACUAUGCAAAGCUGUUUGUAAACACCCAGAUAGACUGAUAGAGCUUGGAAUAAUAUCUGAGCAGAUGUCACAGUUGCUGAAAAGAUCCAUUUUAUGGAUGGUAAAAAGAGGUAAACUCGAGCAUAUCAUUUCCUGGAAAUAUGUUAAAUAUUUCGAAUUCUAUGAUGAAUCCAAUAUUAACGAAAUUAUCAGUAUUGCAUCGGUGGAAAUGUUGAAAAAUUUGCUACACUCAUCUUCGCACGAUCUUCAAGCAUCGAAAAAAUUUGCAUUAUAUUUUGCAUUGGCAAAACAUCAAAAUGAAGAAAAGAGAAAACUAUUAUUUGCUGUACUUAAAGAUGUACUGGAAAUAGUAGUAGAUAUUGCUGGAAGAGACUAUCUGACAGCUAUUGAUUUUCUGAGGCAUAUUCUUCCGGUCGCCACUGGUAGUGCAUAUGAGAGAGAUUUUGUAUCAUUUGCUUUAGCAGUUCUUGCAGUGAACUGUGAAUUGUUAUCCUCAAAUUUUGUAGCGCUACGCAAAACUCUUUCUCUUCUUCUGAAUUGUCUACGAUUUGGUGCUCAUUCUGUGAUUAAUGAUCAGUGCUCGUUGUACAUAAACUUGUUUGUAUGUGUUGGACAAGCUAUUCAGAAAUAUAUAAAUGAUACACAGACAACCAAUCCUCAGUUUACUCGUUACCUUUCUUAUGGAUUUGCUAAAGUUGCUGGCGAAAUGGUAAAAUAUGAACGAUCGUUUUCCCGGGUGGCACCCUUUAUUAUUUCGGAAUGUCUGGAAGAUGCCGAAUGCUUAUCACUUGCUUUGUUUCGGAUUUUCUCAAUGUGUGACGGUCAUAGUGUUGCUCUUCUUACCAGUAAUCUGCCACAACUGCAAAAGACUCGAUUUGCUAAUUUAAGUCUUUAUUUCAAAAAAAUUAAAAUGAUUGUCUAA